AUGUAUCUAAGACCAAAGAAUUGCGUGUCUGCUUUUCUAAGUUUAUUCCAUCGUUCGCCUCUAUUACCAUCCGUGGUCAAGAGGUCGACGUCAUUUCCGAGGCAACAUUAUAUACAACAUAUCGAAGGUAUCUUGUCUAACUUUGGUGAAAUUACAGCUGGGAUACCACAGGGGUCCAUUUUGGGCCCACUGCUGUUCGUAAUUUACAUCAAUGACCUUCCAUCUGUUCUAUCAAACUCUGAGAUCCUAAUGUACGCUGAUGAUACCGUGAUAUUCCGUGAGGGUACUGAAGUAUGCAAAAUUAAACAAGAACUGUCUGACGAUUUGGAAAAUGUAAAUUUGUGGUUUAAAGAUAAUAUGCUACAUAUGCAUAAUGAUAAAACGAAAUCUGUUCUAUUUGGAACAGUUAAACGCCUUUCAUUGAACGAUGAGCUAAGAAUUGACCUACAAGGAAAACCUAUCAAAAACGCGACAUACUAUAAAUAUCUUGGUAUAAAUAUCUUGUCUACUUAG